AUACAGCCUCAUACACACAAAGGGACGCUUCGUUUGAUUUCCAAAGAAACAGAGGGGACCCAAUACCCAUCUCCUACUCACUCUUCUCCUCCAUUGAUAGUACCAAACUUCAAAAUCCCUCCCAUUACCCAAUACACCACAAAACAAAGCUAAAACAAAACAAGAUUCCUCAAUUCAGAAUUUGAAACAGAAUCAAAGAUCCCAUUUUUUGCAGAGUAUAAUCACCUACUCUCAUAAAACCAAAACAUGCCUUCAGGUGCCAAGAAGCGAAAAGCUGCUAAGAAAAAGAAGCAGGUCCAAGCAAUAGAACCCCCAUCCCGCAGCACUGGUUCUUUUCUUGGUGAGGAGGAUCGGAAAGGUGAUGAUAAAGAGAGUGAUAGUGAGGGUAGUUCCCCUGCAUCGCAAGAUUAUCAGAAUCACCAAAACCAGUUUACUGAAGGGCGGGAGGUCGAAGAUGGAGAGAAGCAAUUGGAUGAUUCACAUGAUCGAUCAAUUGAUGAGAACAAAUCCAAUGGGGGGAAACAUGAAGGCCAGGAAGUGAAGAUUGUCGGAAAUGAAGAAGGAGGUCUUGUUCAGGUUGAAAGGGAAUUGAAGGUUGAGGGUGAAUCUGAGAGCCAGAAGAUAAGUGUUGAGAAUGCUGAACCCAUGAUUGAAUCUUACAAAGGAGGGUUGCGAAGGAGUUCCAGUAGCAGCAGCAGCAGCUGCUCAGUAGAAAAAUAUGAUGUUGCUGAUAAGAAUAACAUUGUGGUUGAUGAUGCUCCAGCUGUUGAAUUAGUGAAAGAUAUUGAAUCUUUGACUGUGAAUAAUAAUAAUGUGGUUGAUGAUGCUCCAGCUGUUGCAUUAGUGAAAGAUAUUGAAUCUUUGCUUGAGAAGAAUAGUAUUGUGGUUGAUGAUACUCCAGCUGUUGAAUUAGUGAAAGAUAAUGAGUCCUUGCCUGAUAAACAAGUUGCUGAUAGCCUUGUGGGAACAGCCUCUACAUCUAAUUUGGAUAAGGCUGCAAUAUCAGAAGACAAAGUUCAAGUCACAACAAGUGCUUCAUUUGCUGAUAAUGUGACUGCAUCUGCUGUUGAACCGGUGGUGAAGGAAAAAGGGGAAGAAAAUCUGCGUGUUGUGGAUGAGAAAGAUACAGCUUCAGAUAUUGUUGUGGAAAAUUGGGAGGAAAAUUUGGGUGCUAUAGUUGACAAAGCCACUAUUUCAGAAGUUCUGAUGGAGACGGAGUCAGAGAAAAGAGAUGAAGCAGCUAGUGCAAUAUCGAAUGGUAAUUCUUUAGAAAAUACAGAUGCAAAGGCUUCUGCGAUCCCAGAAAAUGAAGAAAAAAUAGAGGCACCCCACAGCGCUCCUAAAAUUGAUGCCGGUGUUUGUGCUGAUAAUGUGAAAGAAUCUCCAGCUCUCGAAUGCCAUGACCGUCAGUUGCCUUCACAACCAGUGCAAACAACUUCCUGGAAGAGUUGCUGUGGCCUGUUUGAGUUGUUUGCAGGAUCAAAUAGAUGAAUUGAGAAUCAGAUCAUGAAGCUGGUUGAAUGGAGUAGCAACAUUUGGAAUUAUUUAAGUUGAUGACUGCCUUCAUCCUCUUGAACAGUGGUUGAAUGGAGUAGCAACAUUUGGAAUUAUUUAAGUUGAUGACUGCCUUCAUCCUCUUGAACAGUGUCUUUGCAAGGGGUCUUGCUAUAGAAACUUAUAUGUUCAGUACUCCUAGUUUAGUUUGAAAAAGCAGCCGAGAACUUCUCGUCUCUUUGCUGCUUUCCUGGUAUUUUGCAGUGGUUAGUUUCUUUUCUCGUAUGUUCUAAUGGUGUGAUGUACCUGCUCCUCAGGGAGUUGGAAGAGCCUUUUUAAUGUCUUUUGGUUGCACAGGACACUUGGAAUUGUUAUUCAUCAAAAUUUCAGCAACAUAUAGUUAUAUCCUUUGGGUUCA